AAAGUGUACGUUACUUAUACUUUAUAGCAUUGAUUAGGGGUACGGUCGGAAAUUUACUUCAAAAAGUAUCAGUAAUUAAAGUAAUGCAAUCGCAGUAAAGCGGUUAUUUAUUAAAUUUUACUCAAAAUACUGAAGAUGCUGUAAUAAUUUUCGACCGCUUGUUUUGCAAUUAUAUGCUUUUGACAACUGAUACCUACUUAACCUCAAUUAUUCUCUAUUGUGUAUAUUGCCUUAUUGCCACAAUGGAUUCUGAAAGUAUAGUUCCUUUAAUUGUUAAUAAUAUUUUGAGUAUUUUGGACGAUUCAAGUUCUGAUGAUGAUGAAUUUCUAGUAUUAACACAUUUGAUGAAUGUGAGUGAUUCCACUCGUUUAACGAGAAUUGAACAUUAUGUGGAAAAUGUGGUUCAUUUAUAUUCAGAUGAUCAAUUCCAAUCACAUUUUAGAAUGCAACGAAAAACAUUUGACUUUAUUUUGUCUUUAAUUGGACCAAAAAUUAGUGAAAACGUGGUAAAACCUGGACGACCAAGUGUAUCCCCAGAAACACAAUUGCUGCUUACGUUGUGGAUUCUUGGAACACCUGAUUCCUAUAGAUCUGUAUCGGAUCGUUUUAAUGUCGGAAAAGCAACUGCCGUUAUCUCCGUAAGAAGAGUAGUAAAAGCGUUGUAUGAUCAUGUACAUACAUUUAUAAAAUGGCCAAUAGCAGAUGAAAUGGAAACAAGUAUAAGAGUAUUUCGAGCUGUAAAAGGCUUUCCAAAUGUUAUAGGUGCAAUUGAUGGCACCCAUAUUAGCAUAACUGCUCCUAAGAAUAAUGCAGAAGCUUAUGUGAAUCGAAAAGGGUAUCAUUCAAUGCAAUUACAGGUAGGUAGUUAUUUUCUGCAGGCCGUCUGUAACGAAAAUGGAAUGUUUAUUCAUUGUUUCACUGGAUAUCCGGGAGCUGUCCAUGAUCAGCGAGUAUUCCAAAACUCGGAUUUACCAGAAUUUUUUAGAAAUGACACACAAUUUCCAGAUGAUGUACACAUUUUGGGAGACGCAGCAUAUAAGUUGCAUAAGCAUCUUAUGGUACCAUUUAAAGACAAUGGUCAUUUAACAGACAUACAAAAAAAUUUUAACAUGUGUCACUCAUCUACAAGAAUGGCAAUCGAAAGGGCAUUUGGACUUCUCAAAGGCAGAAUGCGGAGAUUGUUAGAUACUCUACCAAUGACACGAGAAGAUCUUAUACCAAAGUACAUCAUAACGUGUUGCAUUCUUCACAAUAUCUGCGUUUUAAAACAAGACCAAUUUCAACCAUUAGCUGUAGCUAUUUCAAAUAAUGCAAGUGCUGUGGAAAUACUGGCAACACGAGAACCGGAUGGUGGAGGAAGAGAUGUAGCCAUAAGAAAACGGGAUGUAAUCGCUGCUGAAUUACCUAUGCAAAUUGGUGCAUGAUUUUUACAAAUAACGAGGAUACGAAUGAAAAUAAAUUUAUUAUACAUUAAUAAAAAUAAUUAGGUAUUAGUAUCAUUACUUUUUCGAAAUGUUAUCAACAAGUGUGCGUAAUAAACUUAAUGCUUCUGUA